AUGGCGACGGCGACCUCCAUUGUUUCCGGCAUCAAGCUUUCGGGGAUCGUAACUUCGUUCAACGCCGCAGAUGAUGGCUCGAGUUGCGGAAGAAUCAACAUGAGCGGAGUUCAAUUUUAUCCGGCAUUGAGUCGGCGACGAUUCUCCUCGAUUGGAGCUGUUUCUCCAAUUCUCGGGGCUACCCAAUGUAGCUUUUCGUCUUCCAGUCGAAUCUCAUUCGCUUAUCCUCGGAAUCUCGUUUUGAGCGGUGGGAUCAGUGGUUUCAGUGCACCUGAAGCUCUGCCAAAUGUUUGUGAAAAUGCCAAUCCUUCUACCAUCAAAUCUUUCAACCAGCUGAUUGAAACUUUGAUUGAUCGAGUUGAUCUAUCUGAAUCUGAGGCUGAGUCAUCUCUAGAGUUUUUACUGAACGAGGCAAACGAGGCGCUCAUUAGCGCCUUUCUGGUUCUGCUGAGAGCUAAAGGAGAGACAUACGAAGAAAUUGUGGGGUUGGCUAGGGCAAUGAUGAAGCAUGCCAGGAAUGUGGAAGGACUAGUCGAUGCCGUGGACAUAGUUGGAACAGGUGGUGAUGGAGCAAACACUGUCAAUAUAUCAACUGGAUCUUCAAUACUCGCUGCAGCUUGUGGUGCAAAAGUAGCAAAGCAAGGGAAUCGAUCGAGUUCGUCUGCUUGUGGAAGCGCUGAUGUAUUGGAGGCACUAGGAGUGGUGAUUGACUUGGGACCAGAGGGGAUUAAGAGAUGUGUUGAAGAAUCAGGGAUCGGUUUUAUGAUGGCACCAAUGUAUCAUCCAGCUAUGAAGAUCGUUGGUCCCGUCCGCAAAAAGCUUAAGAUAAAAACUGUUUUCAACGUAUUGGGACCUAUGCUUAACCCUGCCAGCGUGUCUUAUGCUGUCGUUGGUGUAUACCACAAAGAUCUGGUUCUUAAGAUGGCAAAGGCGCUGCAACGGUUUGGUAUGAAAAGAGCAUUGGUGGUUCAUUCAUGUGGCCUAGACGAAAUGAGUCCUCUAGGAGGAGGGCUAGUUUAUGAUUUAACUCCGGAAAAGAUUGAAGAAUUCGCAUUCGACCCAUUGGACUUUGGCAUUCCUCGUUGUACCCUUGAGGAUUUGCGGGGUGGAGGUCCAGACUACAAUGCGGAUGUUCUAAGACGUGUGCUCUCAGGAGAGACUGGGCCAAUAGCAGAUUCACUGAUCCUAAAUGCAGCUGCAGCUCUUCUAGUUAGCAACCGAGUUAAAACUCUAGCUGAAGGAGUAACCUUAGCUCGUGAAGUGCAGUCUUCUGGGAAAGCUAUGAAGACGCUUGAUUCAUGGAUUCACUCCUCUAACUUAGCUCAGAAAACUCAGUGA